GCGAGUUAGCAUGUGUCUCAAGACGCUGCGGUUGCGCAAUAUGUUGUAAAUAAAAAGAGUAUAAAUGUGACUAUAGUCGUGUUUUGUCAUGUCUACAGGGCUCUAAUAAUGCUUUGUUCAUUUUAAUAUGAAAAAAAUCAUUUGUUUACACACCAACUAUAUGUGCUUUCUUAAGUUAUUUAUUACUGAUUGAUUUUCUUUAUUCUUGAUUUGUUUAUUUUUUUUUAUUUAUUUUUUUUGUAUAUUUUUCUGUUUUUAAUAAAUGUGUUUUUUUUGGGGGGAAAACCUGAUGCGGCCCAGCCUUGCCCAGACCCUAGCUCCAGUGGCCCCCAGGUAAAUUGAGACAUUUUUGGAGUUUAUGUAUAAUAUUAAUUAUGAAUUGUUGUGUGACCUUUCUAGUAAUGACUGUGUAGUAUUUUAUCGACUACACAACAGCGAGACAAAAGUCCAAAAGUCACCACAUGUAGGUUGGCUACUUCCUGUCCUGCUGUCAACGUUCCGUUCACGAUGAGGAACUCUCAGCCCUUUCUCGUUUCCCAUCGUGUGUGCGCCCGCGCGUUUAGCUUUGCUUCCUCCAUUGCGAGUUAGCGUCGUCACGUGACACGUCUCAUGCCGAGGAAGUAGUGACUGCGGCUCGCGGAGUAUUUUGGGCGGCGCGGACACGCAUGCGAACACAUGGCGGCAGGUUCCCCGUCGUGGAGUACAGUGUCUGUCCUCACGUUGCUGCCACUACUGCAUCUCUGGACAGGUGAGACGUCGUGUGUGAUCUGGUCCAGCGCCGGCACCGUGAUCCGGCGAGGUUCCAGCUUGGACGUGUACUGCACCUUCGACUGCGAGUGCGGCCGCUCCAUGUACGAGGGCCACCCGCCCGCACCGCAGCGCUACACGGUGGUCAACUCCAGUACCACGCGCCUCCGCGUGGCCAACGUCGGCGAGGACGGGACGUACAGCUGUCGCUGCGCCUGCCCCCCCACGCCGGACCCUUGUGGCCUUGACAUCCGCACCGGAUACCCACCAGAGCGUCCUGAGGAGGUUUCCUGCGUGUACCAGGUACGGAGCAACGAGACAGGACUGUUGUUGUGCCGAUGGGAAAGAGGACGGAGAAGCCACCUUCAGGAUACAACUGAGUUGCGGCUGACUAGCGUACCAGAGGAGCGCCCGCAUCCUCCAUACAGGUCGUCUGUCGGUGGAGACACGUGGGCUACGUUCAACGUGUCCGAGGAGGUCCGCCGGGUCUCGGUGUGGGUCCACAUCCGAAACGCGUUGGGGACGUCGGAGUCCAAGCCCAGCAACUACACGCUGAGCGACAUCGCCAUGCCGCCGGCGCCACACCUCAGGGGGGCCGUGUGCUCCUCCAGGACCUGCGACAUCACAGUGCAGCAGUCUGUGAGGACGGCGCACCUGGAAGUGCAGUACGCGGCCGACCGGGAGCACAUAGUAUGGAGCGCCUGUCCACACGCGCAGGGACACAUGGGUCGGGAUCAAGUCUGGUCUAUCUCCUUUUUGGAUCCCUAUCGGUUGUACAGUUUCAGAGCCAGAGCCAAGUUCAGUACGGGCCUGUGGAGUGAGUGGAGCGCCAUUAUCUCCACAUGGACUCAGGAGGAAGUUCCCGCCAAAGAGAUGGAUGUGUGGUAUGCACAAACGUCCUCCAACUUCACAUACAUCACCAUCUUCUGGAAGGUCAUGAACAUCUCUGAGGCCAGGGGGAAGAUUCUCAAAUACCGAGUGAGCGUCUACAGUGCCAAAUCUCGAUUGAGGUUCACCGCCAGCCUCGGCGCCAAUGUGACCAACGCUUCAGUGCCCUUCUGCGCUCGCUGCCAGGCGGCGUUGUGCGCCAUCAACUCUAAAGGCAGAUCCCCUCCUGCCAAUAUCACAGCCUAUCACGCCAAGCCGUUCCCACACUUCCAUGUGAAGGCACAGGCAGCGCAGCACAGCGUCGCCCUCUGGUGGAACAAACCUGAACGUGCAGCAGCCCAGGUGGUGGUGGAGUGGUACCGGGAAGGCCUGAAGAUGCAGGAGAUGCAGUGGCUCCGACUGGAAGGGGGAGCGUAUCACGCCAUCAUCACAGGUCUGAAACCAUCAGAGUGCUACCAGGCAGCCAUCCAUGUGUUCCAUCAGGACAGCUCAGUGACCACAAGCAACCUUCAACUACUCAACUUCAGCCAAUCAGUCCCCCGGGUGGGUCCAUCAUUCCAACAGGAAGUGGAGGGAAACAAAGUGAAAGUGCAGUGGGCGGAGCUUCCUCGGGGCGAGCGAGGAGGUUGCGUCCUUAAAUACACGGUCUACCUGGAGGACAGCACGGGACACGUGCAGCCAUACGCUUGCCACGCUUCCCGGCGGACGUACGUCAGCAAGGAGCUGCGUCCAGGCGUCCACAGGAUGUGGAUGACGGCUUGGACCUCUCGGGGACAAGGUCCUGCUGGUCAGAGAGUCAACUUUAUCAUCCAGUCUGCAGAGAAAUUCCCGGCGUUCCCGCUUGUGGGCUGCAUCCUCUCCAUGGUGUCGGUGGUGCUGAUGUGUGUCUGCUGCCAGGUUUCGGCCGUAAAGAAGAGGCUCCGUGGGAUCCUGCAGCGCUUCCUGUUCAAAGUGCCGGAUCCGGCAAACAGCAACUGGGCUAAAGAAUGCAACCAAGUGAAGGGUGAAAAGAACCAUCUGAGUGAGGCUAUCAUGGCUGAGGAGGAGGAGGAGGACUUCAUCAUGGAGGCGGAGGAGGACUGUGACGUGGAGCUGCAGGAGGACUUCAUCAUGGAGCUGCAGGAGGAGCCCGGCGUCAACAUGGACGUCCCCCCGCCGACCGGCCAAGAUACGCCCAUCACGACGUACAUCAAGACUUACUGCUCCAGCUCACAGAACACUCACACCUCCAUGGAGUCCAACGCCACCGUGGACUACGGCUCAUCCAAACACCAACAUGAUCUUCUUCACCAAGACCACCAAGACCAUGAAGACCAGUUUGCACAGAUGCUGACUUUACUACCCGAUUUUGACUCAUUCACACAAACACACCAAUUAACCCUCGAUACUGUACACGUACGCCGUAAUACUCUCUGUGAAUACACAUGAUAUACAUAACAAGUACACAUAUGCCAUAAUACAUUUUUUGUGUACACACAAUAUUAGUGAGGAAGGAAGGACACAAAGGAGGAUGGAUGCAAGGAAGGAAGUGAGGUAGGAAGGAAGGGGGCAAGGAGGAGACGAUACCGCAAAUGACUGCACAAGCCACGCCCUGUUCAACAUCCAACAAGCAGGAUAAGGUCACGUGAGCUCACGCGCACGUGUGUGUGCGAAUGAAGACGUUAUAGAAAAUGGCGGUAUGCUUACGGCUAGCUAAAGUGGUUUUAAGUGUCUUAAUGUUGUUGGGCCAUGGUUCUUCUGUGUUUGAGCAGGAAAUGUGGCAAAUUCACACAUUUUUACUGAAGAAAAAAACACAUUAAAAUGUAUUUUUAUCCGCUUUGAAAUGAAAAUGAGAGGUAAUUUCAUCUACUACUAUAGCGUUUAGUAUCUACCUAUUGGUAUGGUCCUACAAAAAGGAUUUGGCUUUAUUCCUUUUAGACACUUAGCAAUAAAUUCAACAAAAGUGCUGUUUGUCUUUUUAACUAUGCACCACUUCUUGCUAAUUCUUUUUGCCGUCUUAAAACCGCUUUCCCGUCGGUUAUACAAUUACAAUAGCGGUGGUUCAGUGGCGGAGUAAAACAAUCAAACAACAAUUACUGCUGUAAAAAAAAUACAGUACGCAGCAACAACGGUUAAAAAACGUUAAAGUAACACUUUCAACAGCGGAAUUAAUGUUUGUUUAUAUUCCUGUCAGCUAAACACACGGCUAAUAUGUAGAUCGCUGCUAACUAGCAUGUAUGCUAAUACAGUAGCGAGGAGCAGAAAGUGUAAAACAAUUUUUAAAAUGGUCAGGAAAAAAAAAGUCAGGAAGAAGCCAACUGCUCUGCUGUUCUAAUGUCACCUGCUGGGAUCCACUGACCUGAUUUGCUUGCUUUUCCCCCGGUGUCCGACGAGGAACUAGGCGGGGAAGGCCGGCGGGAGGUAAGGGGGUCUGGAUGUUUGCCGUGUUGCCUUUGUACGGCUUCUUAAACGCGGUAUUCUUUAGAAAAUGACGAUCGUUUGUCGAGUUUUCCGACGUUCUUUGCGAAUCCGUAGUGUUUCCAAACAUAAAAUGUAAACGUUGCGGGUGUUUUAAACACAGAAACUUCCUCGUAGUUUUAUGUGCCUCGCGGCUUCCGUCCGUACUCAAUACAAAACGCGAAACAAUGAUGGUGCAUUCAUUGCACCUGGGUGAAGUUGAAUAUUAAUAAAACGUCGUUUGCGUCGGAAUUUACCGAUAUCCACAAACGCAUCGAGAUGAGUCUAGAUUUCACUCGUCAAUUGCAUCCAUAUCUCGAUUAACGUCGUUUAUUUCCCACACCCUUAAUAAUACACCUACAAGGUAACGAGGCGAUGCGGAUGUCGCCCUCUGUUGGACAUUUAUGGCAACUGCAACAUCGUGAGUAAUAGACUUGUUUGUUCCGUUUUGUUCUAAAAAUAUUUAAGAAACGCCAAAACAGCAAAAAUUAAAAAAGCGAUUUCCCAGAAAGUCAAAAUAUUACAAAAUCCAAACGAUAAAGUCAUUGUAGUGCAGUCGUUCAAGUAGAACGCCACAUGGAUUCCAGUCAGUAUCAGUAGAUUCCUGCCAAGUGUUCAAGAACCAGUGACAAAGUUGAAGUUGCAAACACAAAGACCCUAAACACCGCUCAAAUUCUACUAAAGCAUUCAUGCAGAGGAACAAAAACAACGUUCCGGAAUGGCCAUAUCAGUCCCCAGACCGAUUAUUGAAAACCUGUGGUGUGAUUUAAAGCGGUCCGUUAUGGAAACCAUCAAACCUGACUCAACUGGAGAUGUUUCGGAAAGGGGAACGGUUAAAAAUACCUUCAACCAGAAUCCAGACCCUCAUUUAGUUCUGCAGAAGGAUCUACUAAAUUUAUGCACCGGCUUACGUUCAUUGAAAUAAUGGCUGAUCCCAACAAGCAGUGAUUGGGAAAUUAUCAGGAGUGCCAAAACUCUAGUUGAACUAUUGAGGAAAAAAAUGUUAAAAAUACUACGAGAAUCAUUUUUGUAAAAUUGUGUUGGGGGAAAAAAGAUGGUUGGAGUGAAUGUGCAAUGAAAAAAAGGACAAAAGAAUUUAGCGACCAUCUUUAUUUCCCUACAGAGGCGUCUGUAUAGCAGGGCUGGAAUUCACACAUUUUGCAGAAGCACAAUGAAGCAGUGGAUUUCUUUCAGAGCCAUCAUGUGGUGAUGCGGGCACGCCACCAGACGUGGAGUGGAGCGGAACGGAGUGUGUAAACAAGAUUAGCAGGAGAAAGGCUUUGAAGGAUGCGGAGUAGCACCUGAAAUCCUAAUCAAUUCUUCCCAAAUGACCUAGCCUUCCUGCCUUGGAACACGAGUGUGGAAUACAAUGACGAGGGCAGAUGAUUUACAGGAAGAAUAGCCAAUAGAAAAGCAGCAUUCCAGUGGCGAACAGAAGGAAGGGGUGGAGCUCCACGGUGUCGGGCGGCGGCACACAUCACGCUAAAAAAGCAGCCAUUACAAAACAAUGAGACCUCUGAAAAAAAUA